GCCCAAGGGCCUCUUACUAACUCGAGCUAGAGACUUAGAGACUAGGAGACUAGAGUUGUUCACAUUUAUCGUGAUAUUAAUUUUCUAGCAUAUGUUUUCACCCAUAGAUCCAUGAUUUUAAAUCAUAAGUGAUUUUAUUUGUCAUCUUCGAAUCCCCCGAUAGGCUGAUACCCACUAACUUUUAUAUGGCUCUCUCAGCGGAUUCGAUGUUCGUUCUAUAAAUGAUUAAUAGGUAAUGAGCUUUACACACAUUUCAUCCCAAAAUGAUUUGCAUGAGUUAGGAGGAGGGGUUGUUAAAUGAAUAUCACUUAUAUAAUAUCAAAAUUAAAAUCAAGCAUAAGUUGUGGAGAGAUGCGUAUCCAAAUUCAUCCUACAUGAGAUUGAGUUACCUCUUAUAAAAAUAAAAUGUUUCUCACAAAGAAAACCGCCCAAUCGGGCAGGCUCUAAUCUAGUUUUAUUAGCGUUUGUUUUAUAGUUUUUGGUUUUCUUUUUAUUCUUUUUAGGUAAGGUCUACCAUUUAAGGUGGAUUUUUAUUAUUAUUUAAUUUUUUCAUUUGUAGAUUCUUUAAUUGAGACUCAUAUUCUAGUGUUUGUAUGUAUCUUACAAUUAUUCUCAAUAACGGAUCAACCAGUAUUUGUUUUAUACAAUUGAUUGUGGUAUUGUAUUUGAAUUUUCUACAAUUUUUACAAUCUACUGGGGCUAAUUGAUUGUUUGACUCAAUUAUUAGUCAUGUUUUGCUUUUUACAUUUUUCGACUUUUUGUAAUUGAUCGCCAACAAUAUUUAUUUUCUACAACUUAUUUUGUUGUUUUUCUAUAAUUGUGAUUAUACUUUAAGGGCUCACUUCUAUCUUGUGAUAGAAAUUGUAUUUUCCUAUUUGUGCUAAAUGUUUGCAUUGUUUUGCAGGGAAUCUUUCAUUCACUUUCGCAUGAAUACCCAUUCUAAGAGUGAUAAACCAUCGUGCUCGCGUCCAAAUGCAAAAUUUGUAGACAAAAUGAUGUACCAUUCUUUUCAGUUCGCCAUGAUAAACUUGUAAUACAUAAUAAAUUUUCAUGAAAAAUUAAUACAAGCUCGAUUUUAACACAAAAACAUAUGCAAUGUUACUCUUACAUUUCAUAUAUUUGUCGCCCAACUUACUCUCGAAAAAAGUGGCCCAAAAGUCAGGGAAGACACAUAAGAGUUUUUGCAUCAAAUCCAAUCCACUAUACCUCAAACAAAGCAGCUAAAAAUGAAAAUGUCAUGAAAAUAUACCUCUAACAAAGAGGUGUUUUGACUUUACAUCUAUAUGUCCGAAUACGACAUAUAUAUAAUGACACAAACCAGCGACAUCCUGGAAAGCGAAUCCCAUAUCAAGAUAAUGCCUAUAACGAAUCAACUAGUUUUGCUGUAUCGGCGUGUGAUGAUCAAGUUACCAUGCCUUAGUUUUCAUUAAAGUGGAAAAUGUGUUGAUAACCAUUUUAGCCUCAUGAGUAAUUGUCAUCCUAUCGAACCAACUCCACAUGCACGGGUGAAAAUAUAUAAGACCUCUGACAGGCCACAUAUAAGAUACACAUAAGCCACACAUGUAUAUUAAUAAAAAUUAGAUAAACCUUUUAGACACAUAAAACACAAAAAGUUCAUAUAUCUCUUUUCCAAAGAUCGUGCAAAUAACUUCACCAGAUGGUUGCCUUCAUAGGGCCUUUUUUGCUUGUUAGAAACAUUCCCUCGAUGAUGCGACCAACAACAUUGAAAUCAUUACCCUGAUAAAAUAUUAUUUAUCUUUCAUUAUAUAGUUGCUGUGGGGAUUCAGGUAUAGUACACAUGGCCAGAUGGCCAUCAUAUUGCCCCUUCUCCAUCUCAAUCACAUAUGUCAUUUCCACUGAUAAAGACGACAUAGUAGGUGUACGUCCAAUGUAAACAGACUUCUGACAUGAGAAUGCGCCAUAUCUGCAAGCAUACCCUUCACGAUUGAACGCACAUUGUUAUUCAAGAUAUACUCUUCCAGUUGGUAGCCGCCAACAUUUUCACUAACUCUCUCGAUGAGCUGAAUCUGAGGAAGAAUAGACCCCAAUGGACUACCACCACGUGCCAGUAAAAUCAAGUAAAGACAAUGUAUAAAUUUAGUACAUGCGAUGAGUGAACCUUUGUACAUCGAUGAAUCUUAGAACUAAUAAUCAUCAAGUAUAUAGCCACCUUGUACCUCAUUUACCUGUCACAUUAAACUAGCAUGGAUUUCGUGAGAAAACAAAAAAUGCUAAAUCAAAAGUAUUAAACAGGAACUAACAAGGAAAAUUUGUAGAUAAUAAUAAUGUUACCAUUCUUUUCAGUUCGCCAUGAUAAACUUGUACUGCAUGACAAAAUUCAUGAAAAAUUAAUACAAGCUUGGUUUUAACAUGAAAUCAUACACAAUGGUUUUUCUUACAUUUUAUAUGUUUUUGGCCCAACUUGCUCUUGAAAAAAGUGGUCCAGAAGUUUGGUAAGACAUAAAAGAGUUUCUGCAUCAGGCGCAAUCCACUAUACCUCUAACAAAGCAGCAAAAACGAAAAUGUCAUCCAAACAUAAACUGUUGAAACAUAAAACAGAAUAAGACCGUCAAUUCGAGCAGAAAAGAAAGAGGUGUUUUGACUUUACAUCUAUACUAGUAUAGAAGCCCACGCUGCUGUGCGGGAGAGUUUUGUCAAACAGGAACUAAGAAGGAAAAUUAGUAGAUAAUAAUGAUGUUACCAUUCUUUUCAGUUCGCCAUGAUAAACUUGUACUGCAUGACAAAUUUCAUGAAAAAUUAAUACAAACUUGGUUUUAACACGAAAUUAUACACAAUGGUUUUUCUUAGAAUUUAUAUGUUUUUGGCCCAACAUGCUCUUGAAAAAAGAGGUCCAGAAGUUUGGUAAGACAUAAAAGAGUUUCUGAAUCAGGCCCAAUCCACUAUACCUCUAACAAAGCAGCAAAAACGAAAAUGUCAUCCAAACAUAAGCUAUUGAAACAUAAAACAGAAUAAGACCGUCAAUUCGAGCAGAAAAGAAAAAGAUGUUUUGACUUUACAUCUAUACUAGUAUAGAAGCCCACGCUGCGGUGCGGGAGAGUUUUGUCGAAGGUAAAAUAAUUUUAUAUUAGUGAACAUUGAUAGUAAAGAAAGAUGCAGUUCGAAAAACAUUAUAACUGAAAACUAAUAACACAACAACCGCUACACUUCCCGUUAAAUGUAAUUAUGUAAAGAUAUAAUAAUUAAUAUGAACUUGCAAUCUAUUAAUCCUUUACCCACCUCUACAUUAUAUAUUCCACCAAAAGUAGUUUCAACAAUCCAAUUAUGGUCAUCUCAUCACACUCUUAAUCACUAUACAUUGGCCAACUGAGAUAUGCAAAAUGAUAUGAGGAGAAUUGAAGAAUAUACUAAGAAAAUAUUGCUCUUUAUUGAUAGUUAAUCAAAUUAGUUUGGAACACUGAUUAUAUAAAUAGAGAGAGGAACAUGAGGGAGAAGAUAUGGGGUGGAAAUGAAUAAAAAAUAUGUAAAAGAACGAAAAAUACAAAAAAUGAAAUUAAGUCUAAGGAUUUAAUAAUUAAUUAAAAAAUAAAUAUCUUAAUUUGUUGACCUUCAAAUGUCAACCGCGUCAGCCAUUCCCAUUGUUCCACAGACAGUUGGGGGGUGGAUCUUUCGAUGUAGAUGGGGUUACCUUCCUGAUAACAGUCGUCUCUGCGAAACCAUGAGAUCAAAUGUCAACCGCGUCAGCCAUUCCCAUUGUUCCACAGACAGUUGGGCGAGACGACGGAAUCUAUCAAAAGCUAGGGUUCGCCAAGAGAAGAGAGAGGAGGCGGCGGCGGAAUUCUCACCGGACGGCGGGGGAGUCAAAAGCUGUGGUGAUGUUUGGAAGGUCGAGAAAAUCGCCGGGAGAAGAGUCGCCAGUCGCGAGGAAGGAAAGAGCCGGAAAAUGGGGCCUGCUGUGGGGUUGUCGAGGUAGCUGGCAAGAAGGCGGGGGACUGGUUUCUUUGCGAGUAAUGAGGGUCAAAACGGGUCAAAACUCAAAUAGGGUUUUGCGGGUAAAUCUCGAUGUUGUUUCCUAACCGGACCGGAUGCAUAACCGAAAAAAAUUUAAUGAUGGAUGGUUUAAUGGAUUACUGUUAUAGAAUAGUAGGUUAACAUUUGAAAGGACCAUUUACACAAAGACAUAUAUAAUAUACUAGUUUAGAAGUGAAAUUAUUAGUAAUUAUAUAACAUAAAAAACAUAUAUAAUACACUAAUUUAGAGUUAGAAAUUAUUUUUAACCAAAAACAAAUUCAAACCCAUAUAUUCUAUCAUAAAAAAGUUAUAACAAAGUAUUCAAACUAUCUCACAAAAGUUUUCAUUUUUUUCCUUGUGAAAUUCAAGUUAGUAAUCAGGGUGAUAAUUCGUGGACCACAUAUAGCUGACAAAGAGCUAUAAAAUGAAGCAUAAACAAAAUUAGUGAAUGUGAAUGAAUGAUUGUAGCUUACGUUAAAGUUUCUUUUUCUUAGGUUUUUUGUGCUCAAAAUUGGAAACCAACGGACCAGUCAAACUGUGGUGGUUCAUCUAGUUUCAUCCCAAACUGUUAAAACCGUUGGGUCCAUUUUAACCGUCCAAUCAAAUGAACCAUACCACUUUUGUAAGUGGAUUAGUGGUUCUACUGGCCUAACCGUUGAUUCAGUUUAGCUCUUAUAACAAUGGGAAGAAUAUGGGUGGGCAGCGAGCAGGUUGUUGAGUUUUGGUCUCAAAUAGACCCAUCUGUUUAAUAUUACUAGGGAGUUGGUCUAAUUAUGACCUACUAUCCAUCCACACUUCCCUUUGGGUUGGGUUGGGUGGAUGACAGAUGAAUGUGGUUGGAUUGUGGGUUAACCCACAGAAACAAUUCUACAACUAACCAUUAAAAAACUUGACUAACAUAUAUUAUAUUUUUUCUCGCAAAUUAGUUUGAUUGUGUCAAUAUAUACACUUCUCACUUGUCUCCUAUGGAUCCAUGUAGUAAUUUGCGGCAAAUAUUUCAUUGCCCCAUCAACCAAUUGUGUAGAGAAAAUUUAUACAUUUUUUGACUUUGAUACAACUAAUAGUUUAUAAUUUGAUCCCAAUAUCCAAUGGACAUUACAUAACAUGUAAAUCAAUAAUAGUAAUUAGAAAAUAUUCUUUAUUCUCUAACUUUAGAAGUAGAUGGUAAAUGUGUAGUGCAGUUAAGAAAUAUGAUGACUAUUUUUUUCCGUUGAACAAUAUGAUGCCUAUUUGAUAGUACCGGAAACUACAUUUUGUCAUGUGAAAAUUUUGUGCGGGUUAUUCGAGCGACCCGCAAUCCAUCCACCAUCUAUCUGAAUUAGUGCGGGUAGAAUAUUUAUCAAUACGCAAUCCACCCACAUCAAUCACCCACCCACUGCAGAUCUAGUUAUUUACGGGUGAAUUGAAAUCAAACAGCGGAUUGACCAUCCAUGUAACCACCCCUUGAUAAAACCCAAAAUUAACCUAGCUCUUUAGGGUUAAAAUUACCCUCUGCUUCAGCAUUUAGUGACAAUUAAAAAUAAAAGGAAAAAAAUGCAUGGAAAGAUUGACUUUCUCUCCAAAUUGGAGGGUUAAGUAAAACAGUGGCUUUUCCUUUCUGUGCCCUUCCCUCCCAUCGUGUGGCAGGUUUCGAGAGCGGAGGAAAUGUUAUUGGGAAGUGGGUUUCCCUCCGACCUUUCCAAUAAUAAAAUACCCUUGUUGUAAAAACCGGAUCGGACCGGUGAACCGCACCGGGAGAACCGUCAACCGAUGACAGUAGCGGUCCGGUCUCUAUAAUAAAGCGGCCAUUGAUGGGCCGAACGUUUUUUACCGAUCUCCCAAGGAAACCGCAAAGCCGAAACGGCCUGAUUUGUCCAAUGGUCUGCUUUUGAUGACAUUAAAAUGUGAAGAAAAAAAAAAAGAAUAAAGGGAAUCGUAUUAC